AUGGAGGUAGAUUUCCCCUGGAGGCAGGCCGACGAGUACGAUGAGGGUAUUGAACGCAUGCGCAAGAUCGAAUACCCCAUGCUGCAGGAUGCCACAUACCUUGAUCAUGCGGGAACUACCCUGCCGGCAAAGUCUUUCAUGGAGACCUUUGCGCAAGACAUGAUCUUGAACCUCUAUGGAAAUCCACAUUCUGCCUCUGGCCCAUCGCAGCGUUCAGCCGACCGCAUCGAAAAUGUGCGGUCACGGCUCCUUACCUUAUUCAACGCUGAUCCGAGUGAAUACGAUCUGGUCUUCGUCUCCAACACUACAGCUGGCGUCAAACUUGUGUCGGAAGGCAUGAGAUCAUUGCCCGGUGGAUUCAACUUUGCCCAUCACCAGGCGUGUCAUACCAGCCUCGUUGGUGUUCGCGAAGAAGCUCAACAUGCUCGCUGCUUUGAUGACGAAGACGCUGAACAGCUUCUUCAGGGGGGCGCGUCGUUAUUUGAUGAUUGCGCGGACACUCCGGAUACACUCGUGGCGUUCACUGCUCAGUCCCAUUUUGACGGGAAACGAUAUCCUCUCACAUGGGCCAGAGACAUCAGAGACUGCUCUCCUGCCAGUCAGUCUCGAACUUAUACUCUCCUCGAUGCGGCGUCCCUGGCCGCAACAUCGCCACUCGAUCUCAGUGACCAUGACCGCGCCCCUGAUUUCACAGUCUUAAGUCUGUACAAACUAUUCGGGUUUCCUGACGUGGGUGUUCUCAUCGUUCGCCUGGCGGCUGGAUCCGUCUUUUCUCGAAGAAAGUACUUUGGAGGGGGAACCGUGGACAUGGUUAUCACUGGAAAGGAACAAUGGCACGCGCCCAAAAUGGAUCUCCUCCACGAACGUCUGGAAGAUGGCACACUCCCUUUCCACAACAUUAUCUCAGUGGAGGCAGCCAUCGACACCCACCAAGUACUCUACGGGUCCAUGGCUCAAGUGUCCUCUCAUACGAGUCGACUAAGAAAACAACUCGUCAAUGGCCUCCAUGCAUUGGAGCACGGAAACGGAAACCCUCUAUGCAAGGUGUAUGGCGAAGCAGGGAAUGGUGCGGACUUUGGACCGAUUGUGUCUUUCAACUUAAGGAAUAUCGCUGGGGCAUGGCUAAGUCUUGCCGAAUUCGACAAGAUUGCGACUUUGAAGCAGAUGCACGUCCGAACCGGAGGCAUGUGUAGCCCUGGUGGCCUUGCAUCCGCCCUGUGUCUCCAGCCGUGGGAGAUGAAGCGCAACUUCUCGGCGGGCCUUCGUUGCGGCACGGACAGCGAUCUCACGGACGGCAAACCAAGUGGCGUUAUUCGAGUUAGCUUCGGGGCCAUGAGUACUGCAUCGGAUGUCACUCGCUUCUUGGACUUUCUGAAGGAUUUCUUUAUCGAGGAUGAGCCCCCGAACCCGACGAUCCGGACGACCUUGCAUGCUUCAUCACGUGGUCUCCAGGUAAAAAGCCUCUCCGUCUUUCCUAUAAAGAGCUGUGGGCCUUUCGAAAUCCCGCCCGGGGUGCGCUGGGAGGUGAAGCGAGAGGGUUUGGCGUGGGAUAGAGAGUGGUGUCUGGUGCAUCGUGGCUCUGGCCAGGCUCUCAGCCAGAAGCGCUACCCGCAGAUGGCUCUGUUGAAGCCUGAGUUGGAUUUUGAACAAGGUACUCUGCGGAUUUCCUGCAGAGGGACCCCUCAACUAGGUUCGGCCGAAGUGCCCUUGUCACUUAAUCCGGAUCUAUUCGAGGACAACCCGCGGCAAAUCUCGUCUCGCGUCUGUGGCGAGUCUAUAUCAACUCAUUACUACAAGUCUCAGAGGAUCAACAGCUUCUUCUCCGAAGCUUUGGGCAUACCGUGUACCUUGGCUCGCUUCCCUGCUGGCGGGAAAGGCUCAGGUAGUCGGUCUUCGAAGGCCAGGAUCCAACAGUACCAGCAGGCGAAUACCCAUCAGAGACUACCCGGUUCAUUUCCUGAUAUACCAUCUCCUCCUGAUUCGGAUAGCGAGGUACAGCACCACGGAAAGAUACUUCUGUCAAACGAAAGUCCUAUUUUGAUGAUUCAGAGUGCGAGUGUUGCCGCACUCAAUAAGGGGAUUGAGGCAAGGGGCAGUGGCAGAGUUGAUGAAGCGUCGUUCCGUGCCAACAUUGUCUUUGGACCAAGCGGACAAGAUGACGAGGAGCACCCGUUUGCUGAAGACACAUGGCGGUCUAUUCGGAUAGGUUCUCAGGAUUUCAAGUUGCUCGGUGCGUGCCGACGUUGCCAGAUGGUAUGUGUGGACCAGCAGACCGGGGAGAAACGACAGGAGCCGUACUCUACCUUGGCCAAAACGAGGAGAUUUGACGGGAAAGUGUACUUUGGAUGCCACAUGCGGCACGAGCCGAGUACCAUCAGGAGAACCGCAGAGGAGCAGUGGCCGACCAUACAGGUGGGAGACCGGGUCACAGUUGAAGACAUGCACAUUUAG